AGCAUAACUUACAGAGAAGCUAGUAAGUUCUGAGAAAGAAGGAAAUAAACACAGGCACCAAACCACUAUCCUAAGCUGAUUGUCCUUUAAAUAUGUCAAGAUCCAGAUGUUUCAGUGUCACUUCAGUGAUCUCAACAAUAGGGAUCUUGUGUUUGCCGCUAUUCCAGUUGGUGCUCUCGGACCUACCAUGUGAAGAAGAUGAAAUGUGUGUAAAUUAUAAUGACCAACACCCUAAUGGCUGGUAUAUCUGGAUUCUGCUGCUGGUUUUGGUGGCAGCUCUUCUCUGUGGAGCCGUGGUCCUCUGCCUCCAUUGCUGGCUGAGGAGACCCCGAAUUGAUUCUCACAGGCGCACCAUGGCCGUUUUUGCUGUUGGAGACUUGGACUCUAUUCAUGGGACAGAAGCAGCUGUGAGUCCAACUGUUGGAAUUCACCUUCAAACUCAAACCCCUGACCUAUAUCCUGUUCCUGCUCCAUGUUUUGGACCUUUAGGCUCCCCACCUCCAUAUGAAGAAAUUCUAAAAACAAGCUGAUUUUAGGUGCAGAUUAUCAAUUUGAAGUAUUAACGACAUCUGUAAUUCCAAAACAUCGAAUUUAGGAAUAGUUAUUUCAGUUGUUGGAAAUGUCCAGAGAUCUAUUCAUAUAGUCUGAGGAAGGACAAUUCGACAAAAGAAUGGUUGUUGGAAAAAAAUUUUGGUCAUGGAGAUGUUUAAAUAGUAAAUUAGUGGGCUCUUGAUGUGUCACUGCUGUAUCAUACUUUAAUGCUACACAACCAAAUUAAUGCUUCUCCACUAGUACCCAAAUAGGGAACAAUUAGGUGCUGGAAGUUGUUUCCAUCACAUUUAGGACUCCACUGCAGUAUACAGCACACCAUCUUUUCUGCUUUAAACUCUUUCCUAGCGUGGAGUCCAUAAAAAUUAUUAUAAUUUAACAAUAGCCCAAGCCGAGAAUCCAACAUGUCCAGAACCAGAACCAGAAAGAUAGUAUUUGAAUGAAGGUGAGGGGAGAGAGUAGGAAAAAGAAAAGUUUGGAGUUGAAGGGUAAGGGAUAAAUGAAGAGGAAAAGGAAAAGAUUACAAGUCUCAGUCCAAGAGGUUUUAUGCCUCAACCUGAAGAGGAAGAAAUUGUAGAUAGAAGGUGAAGGAGAUUGCUGAAGAUAUGGAGCACAUAUAAUGCCAAUACAGGGAGAAAAGAAAAGUUCCCCUUUUACAGGAAUGAAUGUGGCCUCCAUAGUCCAUAGUGUUUCUCUGGAGCCUCAAGGCUUGGCAUUUAUUGCAGCACCAUGCUAAGAACCUUCAGCAUAGAUAUCUGUUCUCAUGAGGACUGCAGAAGUAGCAAUGAGACAUCUUCAAGUGGCAUUUUGGCAGUGGCCAUCAGCGGGGGGACAGAAAAAAACAUCCAUCGCAGAUGCCAUAUGAUCUUCAGCUGACAAAUUUGUUGAACAAAACAAUAAACAUCAGUAGAUAUCUAAAAUUAGGUUGACCAAACUUAUUCCCUAAUCUUCUUUUUCCAGAUCUGUUUUAUCCAAAUCUUCCCCAUCUCAGUUAACUGCAACUGUUGCUCAGGCCAAAA